UUUAAAGGGGGAAAUAACAUGCGUGCUCAAUUAACAAUACGAGGAAGUCUACAUCUGUGACACCGAAAGAAACAGAGCUUGAUGUGCGUUUGACAGGUAGCGUGCUUUUAAGAAUGGGCGAAACCUUUAAAAGAGAGCUCUUGCGCUAUACAAACUCGGAAUUAACAGAGUUCAUUCAGGUGGUGAAGCAUUUUGAGGAGUGCAGGAAGAAAUGGCUGCACACAGAGGUGGAAUUAAUGAAGUGCAAGGAGCGCGUGUUCAAGAUGGAUCUGGAUAAAUCAGCACUCGAGGUCAAGCUGAAGCACGCUCGAAACCAGGUUGAUGUGGAGAUGAAGAAACGCCACAGAGCAGAGACAGACUUCGAACAUCUGGAGCGGCAGAUGCAGCUAAUUUGUGAUGUUCUCAUGCACGAUGGCCAGUCUUACACAUAUCUGAACGAGGAACAGAAAUCAAUGCUGGCUAAUUUCAACACAAGAGGAGGGAUUGGUUUGGUACUUGCUCCUGGUGGAAGAUUGUCUGUUAUCGAUGAGUCAUCCAACUCUUUCCAGUCUCACUCUGAUAUUAGUUAUGACCGAACAGACGAUGACCUGGACCUGGAUACUUCUGUGGUUAAACCUUUAAAACCAAGGACACGAGAAAAAAGGCGUUCUUCCUUUGCUCCAGCUGUGACACAGCCGGUUCCACCAAAACGCACUCGAACUAGUGGUCGAUCGGGAGAUUUGUUAAUAUCUACUGAAAAUGUGAAGGAAUCGAUAAUAACUAAAACUACAGUUACUUUACCAGAUGAAAGGGGCCACAUUCACACGGUUUCAACUAUUGAGACGAUACCCAAGAGGAGAUCAUGUAGGAGCAGGCGGCUUUCCACUCUAAAUGAACAAACCACUGUUUGGAUAGCCAAUGAAGACUCUGUAGAUAACAACAUGUUUAAUGUUGAACCUGAAACUAAUGUAAACCCCUGUAACGUGCUUGCUAGCCCCGAAGGAAAAGAAUCCCAGCCACAUGUGUUUGUAUCCAAAACGGUAAUCCGACCAGAAAGCUGCAUCCCAUGUGGGAAGAGGAUAAGGUUUGGGAAGAUGGCAGUGAAAUGCAGGGACUGUCGGAUGGUAGCCCACCCUGAAUGCAAAGAUCACUGCCCUCGACACUGUGUUCCCAAUGUUUCUGACGCUCCUAUCGGAAACGGUGAGGGAGUUGUGGCAGAUUUUUCUCCUUCUUCGGGACCAAUGAUUCCAUCUUUAGUGGUUCAGUGUGUGAAUGAAAUAGAGAAGAGAGGACUACACGAGACUGGAAUCUACAGAGUGCCUGGCUGUGACCGCACAGUGCGAGAGCUAAAGGAGAAAUACAUGCGUGGAAAAGGGUUUCCUCCUCUUGGUAAAGUAGAAGACAUUCACGUGGUUUGCGGACUUCUCAAGGACUUUCUGAGGAAAUUAAAGGAGCCUCUUGUUACAUUUCACCUUCAUAAGAAAUUCAUGGAUGCAGGUGAUAUUCUUGAUGAGGAUGACAGCACUCUGGCCAUAUACAAGGCUAUUCAAGAACUGCCUCAGUCAAACAAGGACACUCUGGCUUUCCUCAUACUACACCUCCAACGUGUGAUGAAGAGCCCAGACUGUAAAAUGGAUUUGAUGAAUCUGUCCAGAGUUUUUGGUCCAACCAUUGUUGGGCAUUCCAUGUCAGAUCCACCCCCAAUGGUGAUAAUGAGGGACACUGUGUUGCAGCCUAAAGUUGUUGCUCUUUUUUUGUCCCUUCCUGCUGAGUACUGGAAUCAGAUUUUCACAGUGGAAAAUACUCGCACUUCAGAAAUUGAUGCCAACCUCAAUAUCCAUAGCAUGGAAAAUGACCGCCUUUUCAAGCCAUUGACUUCUCCUGAGAUGGGUUCUGCUCCUAAAACCCUGUCGGGUAGGUUUAAAACCACCCUUGGCACAGCAUUCACUCCUGCGUUCAGCAACAAAACCAAGUCGGAGCAAGCUAGAAAAAAGUUUUUCACAUCUCCUACCCUGCAGUAGAUCUAAAAGGAGCAGGAUACUGGUACACCGAAGCUUCAUUGUGAAAUCACUGUCUGUUCACUUGUAAUGCAUGGAGCUGGUUUAUUUUAAAUGUACAUCCAGUUAAAUAUACCUGUGCUCUGUAAUACAUGUAGUCAUGAGACAUGAUGAUCUUUUGAGUAAAAAAAACAAAAACAAAGGGUUUAUUUAAAAAAAAAAAAAAAAAUUUAAAUGGGUUAAUUUAAUCUCGUGUCAUGUGUAUAGACUUGGCCCAUGCACUGAUAUGUCUUGAUAAAUUGUUAUAUUUGCUGGUUGACUUCAUCUCUUGCCUGAUAAGCUUACAAAGUUUAACUUUCAUGACAACUACAUAUUUGUGGGUGUCAGUAUGUUUAUUUAUUGGACUUGAAAUAUAU